UUUCUCCACGCCCACGGGAUCCCACCCGCCGAACCCACUGCGUCGCCAGUUUCGCCUUCCGGGAGGCUGCCAACGGAGCAGAGCUCGUCGAAUCAGUUCAAUCCGUCAGCACGCUUGAUGUUUCCCUUCUCUCUAAGGAAGAGGGAGGUUAGAUUCGCCUACUCCGGGAGUUCCUGCCACCACUGAGCUCGACAUUUCAUUCAGAUCUGGACUUUGAUCUAGAAGGAAGCAACGCAUCGGCGAAUCGCUUCGGUGUUGAGGGGCGAUCCAGCGCCGAGCUCGCUAACAAGUAGUUCUCUACCAACGAAGCAGUGGAGCCUAAGAUACGUAGAUCCGACACAGAUCUGGAAGGUAGUAGGCCGAUUAGGGGAGUCGACUCAGAGGAGUUUGGGUUGUUGACACGAAGGGGUCGGGAAAAUAUGAAAUGAAGUUUGGGUUGUUGACGUGAAAGGGAACUCGGGGAACGCCGGGGCCGGUUUCAAGGUUCAAGAUCAUUGUAAUGUCGGCGGGUUGGAUAUCAUAUACGAAGCCGGAGAAGGAUGUGUUCUUGACGCAAAGGGGAACUCGGGGAGAGGAAGGGUCAAUAACGAGGUCGGGUCAGGGGUUUGGCUGGGUCAGUUGUGGGUUUGGCGUGGAGAUUAUUUUGAUGUGGCAGGUAGAUUUUUAUUUUUUUAGGAUUAAAAUUAAGUGAUUCAGCAUUUAUGUUAGACACAUCAGCAAAGAACUGACGGUGUUAAUAGAGGCUAACGGAAGGUAACAGAGAGUGACCAAAGUUGAAACAUUUAACUAAUUUUAGUGACCAUGAAUGGAAUUAAAUAUUUUUAGUGACCAAACAUGAAUGUUUUUUGUAAUCACAGUGACCAAUCAUGCAAUUAACCCCACAAAAUUUCAUGUCACUUUUCAGGAAAAAUAAAAUAAAAUCAAAGGUGAUAAUGAUGCUAAACCAAUUUCCAGGGUGAUUGAGUUGGAAUUGUUGAGUCUUAUAGAUGGAGAGUAAGAAUGAGAAGGAAAAAGUAAUUUUUUGAACACUGAUAAAAAAACUCUAUCAAAGUAAGCAAGUUUUUAAACAUGUUCAAUGAAAACACACAUUCUCAUACGAACAAGGUCUUGGUCUAGUGGUUAAACCGUUUGUCGUCAACUUGGAUAUAUCAUAUUCGAAUCCCUUCAAUAACACAUUAUAUUAAAAACUAAACCUAUAUCACUCUUAUUAAAAAAAAUCAUCUUCUCAUGCCCAAAAAACUUGUGUUCUUACUGUUAGUGAGUGGUAUAAGGGACAUACUUAAACUUUCAUUGUAUUUGCCUCUUCUUAUUCUUGAAAUAUCCUCUAAAACUAAAAAUCCCACUUUCGCAAAUAAACCAAAAUAAGUAAAUAAAUAACCCUCUCCCCAUCACCCUCUCCCCCAAUAACACCAAAUGAGAAUUAACAACUAUAUGAACAACUGAGAAAGGAUAGAGAGCCAAAAAAGAAAAAGAAAAAGAAAAGUGUUUGGAUCCAGAUCUUCUGCUAAUAAUUUUUCUGUUAAAAAAGAAUCACUCUGUCUCUAUAAACAAAACCAUGGCAGCUCUUCCCUUCAACAAUCCCAACACACCAUUACUUUACUCUUUCCUUCCUUCUUCUUCUUCUUCCUCCUCCUGCCCUUUCUGCUUCUUCCCACCGAUGCCUCCAUCUACAAGAAACCUCUUCCUCUCCAUAACUCUUCUCAUUCUAUUCCAAACUACCCACUCCAUUGACACACAAGGCCAAGCUCUCUUAACAUGGAAGAACUCUUUUCUCAACUCCUCCGCUUCCUCCACCGCCUCAGCGGCCGCUUUGAGCUCAUGGGACCCUUCUCACCCAAAUCCUUGCAAUUGGUUUGGAAUUCGAUGCAAUCCCAGUCACAGUGUGGUAGAAAUCACUCUCAGAAGCAUUGAUUUACAAGGUCCAUUGCCAUGGAACUUGCAGUCCUUACCAGACUUGAGAUCACUAGUCCUUUCAUCUACCAACCUCACCGGCUCUAUCCCCAAGGAGUUCGGAGACUACAAGGAGCUAACUCUGAUCGACCUCAGCGACAAUUCCCUCUCCGGCGAAAUCCCCGUCGAGAUUUGUCGGUUGACUAAAUUACAGACUCUGGCGGUCAACACCAAUUUCUUGGAAGGUGGGAUUCCUAAUGAGAUUGGAAAUUUGAGUAGCUUGGUCUCCCUGACCAUCUACGAUAACCAGCUGAGUGGUGAGAUUCCGGCGAGUGUUGGGCAAUUGAGUAAGCUUCAGAUUUUCAGAGCCGGCGGGAAUAAGAAUUUGAAAGGGGAGAUUCCAUCAGAAAUUGGGAACUGCUCUGAUCUGGUCAUGCUAGGUCUUGCCGAGACGAGCAUUUCCGGGGGAGUUCCUUCUUCCGUUGGGAAGCUGAAAAAGCUUCAAACUUUAGCCGUUUACACUUGUUUACUUUCAGGUCCAAUCCCUUCAGAAAUUGGGAACUGCAGCGACCUUGAAAAUCUGUAUCUUUACCAGAAUUCAAUAUCUGGGUCGAUCCCUAGGCGAAUUGGGGAGCUCCAGAAGCUCCAGAGCUUGCUUCUAUGGCAGAAUAGUUUGGUGGGCUCGAUACCAGAUGAGCUUGGGAGCUGUACGGAGCUCACGGUGGUGGACUUGUCGGAGAAUCUUCUCACCGGAGCUGUACCCAGAAGUUUCGGGAAGCUUUCCAAUCUUAAGGAGCUCCAAUUGAGUGUUAAUCAGUUGUCUGGUACGAUCCCAGCCGAAAUCUGCGAAUGCAAAGCUUUGACCCAUCUUGAAGUGGAUAACAAUAAAAUUACCGGUGAGAUCCCGGCGGCGAUCGGUAACUUGGGGAGCUUGACUCUGUUUUUCGCCUGGCAGAAUAAUCUGACAGGGACGGUUCCAGAGUCAAUUUCCGAGUGUGGGAAUCUCCAGGCACUUGAUCUUUCGUACAAUAGUCUUUUCGGGUCGAUUCCCAACCGGAUUUUUGGGCUUCGGAAUCUGACCAAGCUUCUCCUUCUUGGGAAUGAGUUCUCCGGCUUUAUUGCUCCGGAUAUCGGGAAUUGUUCCAGCCUGUACCGGCUGAGGCUGAAUGGGAACAGAUUAGGCGGAACUAUUCCUUCGGAGAUUGGAAACUUGAAGAGCUUGAAUUUCCUCGACCUUAGCGGGAACCGUCUUGUCGGAGCAAUACCGCCGGCAAUCUCCGGGUGUGAAAGUCUCGAAUUUCUCGACAUCCAUUCCAAUGGGAUCACCGGCCCUGUUCCGGAGACUCUUCCCAAAAGCUUGCAAUUCGUCGACUUCUCCGAAAAUCGGCUUACCGGGAUAUUGCCUCGCGGAAUCGGGGAGUUGACGGAGUUGACGAAGCUCAAUCUGGGGAAGAAUCAGAUCUCCGGGAAGAUCCCGCCGGCGAUUCUUUCCUGCAGCAAGCUACAGCUGCUGCACCUCGGUGACAACAUGCUCACAGGCGAAAUCCCCAAGGAAAUCGGCCAAAUCCCCGCGCUGGAAAUCUCGCUCAACCUCAGCUGCAACCAAUUCUCCGGUGAGAUCCCGUCGGAGUUCUCGGGACUGGACAAGCUAGCAAUCCUCGACCUCUCCCACAACACUCUGAGAGGAAACCUCAAAGUUUUAGCAGAGUUUCAAAAUCUCGUUUCCCUGAACAUCUCGUUCAAUGAAUUUUCCGGCGAACUCCCAAACACCCCGUUCUUCCGGAAGCUCCCUGUUAACGAUUUGGCUUCGAACAAAGGACUAUACAUCGCCGGCAGCGGAGUGGCAGCCCCGGCUGAAGACCAUCGCCGUGGUUCGGCGAUGAAGCUGCUGACGUCUGUUCUUCUCAGUGCAAGCGCCGUCCUCAUUCUUCUCGCAGUUUACGCUAUAGUCCGGGGCCGGAUGAAUUCUUCCAGCGAUGAGAUGAUGAAGGAAGGAGACGGUGCUUGGGAAAUGACUCUGUACCAGAAGGCGGAAUUCUCAAUCGAGGACGUAGUCAAGAAUCUGCACUCUGCGAACGUGAUCGGAAACGGGAGUUCAGGGGUCGUAUACAGAGUGAUUACUCCGAAAGGGGAAACCAUGGCGGUAAAGAAGAUGUGGUCGGGCGACGAAUCGGGAGCUUUCAGCUCCGAAAUAAAGACGCUGGGUUCGAUUCGGCAUAGAAACAUCGUUCGAUUGCUGGGUUUUGGAUCGAAUCGAAAUCUGAAGCUGUUGUUCUACGAUUACCUUCCGAAUGGGAGCUUGAGUUCACUCCUGCAUGGCGCCGGGGGAGCUACAGCCAAAUUCGUCGGGAUGGAGUGGGAGAUGAGGUACGAUGUGGUGGUCGGUGUUGCUCAGGCGCUUGCUUACUUGCACCAUGACUGUGUCCCGGCGAUACUCCAUGGAGAUGUCAAGGCGAUGAAUGUUUUGCUGGGUAACGACUAUGAAGCUUACUUGGCCGAUUUCGGGCUAGCGAGGGUUCUUCUGGCCGAGGGAGGGGAAGAUGGUGUUUGCUCCAAGUCAAAGUCUAGUCCGAGGCCGGUUCUCGCCGGUUCAUAUGGAUAUAUGGCUCCAGAGCAUGCAACGAUACAAAAGAUCACGGAGAAAAGCGACGUGUACAGUUUUGGAGUGGUAGUUCUAGAGGUGCUAACGGGUAGACACCCAUUGGACCCAACAUUGCCCGAAGGUGCACAUCUAGUGGAAUGGGCAAAGGAGCAGCUAGUGAACAAGAAGAACCCUGCUGAGAUUCUGGAUCCCAAACUAAGGGGGAGAUCAGACCCCACGAUGCACGAGAUGCUACAGACACUAGCUGUGUCGUUUCUGUGCAUCAGUACUCGGCCAGACGAUCGCCCCACAAUGAAAGAUGUGGUGGCCAUGCUUAAAGAGAUUCACAACGUCGAAGCAAGACCGUCGGAGUUAAAGGGCAGUCAUUCAUCAAGGACAAAUGCGACAACACGAUCGUCGCCAACAGCGCCGCGUAGGAAUAUUGUAGGCUCGCAGACUUCCUCUAAUUGCUCUUUUGCUUUCUCUGACGAUUCCGUCUAGAGAAAAGGUACAUGUGACCUACCUUUGUACUUAGGAUUCUAAGUAGACAUUUAGGGGUUGUAAUAAAGCUAAUUAAUUUGUUCAAGUGUGGAGAGAUUAAGAAGAAUGUAAAAUGUAGUUGUUUGUAUGAAAAUGGGAAUUACACGUGGAUUAUUAGUCCAACAUCUCCUUUGAAGUUUGGAUCCCUUUGGUUGUAAGCAAUGAGCAGAAUCACAUAUGGCAAAUGGCAAGGAUGGCGAGGAAGAGGGUUAGCAGAAGUAGAAGAGACUCGACUCACUGGACCAAUGAUUGGUUCCAAUUCCCAAGACUUGUGAGACUUCACCAACAGGCUUCCCUGUUGUACUUGUAGACUAGAAGCUUGCUUAGUGUUAUAGAAAUCUACAUCUACAUGGGUGAAAUUAAAAAACCAAGGAAAAA